AUGAAUAAAGAGAGUGACAUAUUGAGCCGAGUGGCUGCUGGAAGUGCUGCUGCUGUCUUCCAAACUACAGUAUCAUAUCCAUUUGAGUUUCUAAAAACUGGUUUACAACUGCACAGAUCUCUUCCGGGAGCUCCUGUGUUUAAUAUGAUGUACCCAUUGAAAGUGUACUUUGCCGGGUGCUCUGCUUUGAACGUUGGAGCCCUCUUCAAGACGUUUGUGCGGUUUACUACGUUUGAAAAGGCUUGCCAGCUGAUGAGGGACCCUAGUUUACCUGCUACAGCAGCGCUUUCAGGCCCCAGAUUACUAGUGGCUGGUACUAUAACUGGCUUCAUGGAAAGUCUGUGGAUCGUUCCUUUUGAAAACGUUAAAGUUGCAAUGAUUGAAAAUGCUUUGUUCCACUCCAAUGGAUCCCAGACAAUUGCCAAACCUGCCGUCGAUAAAUUGUCAGCGACCUCGUCGACUAGGCCCACUUUCCAUAAGUCGGUACCUCAAUUGACUGCAAGAGAGAUUGCGUUACAGAAAUAUGCCAAAAAUCCCCCACUGCACUUCUUCCCAACUAUCAAGGAAAUAUACUUGACGAGAGGGCUACGAGGAUUUGUACAGGGCACUAUGCCCACAAUAUUUAGACAGGUUGGUAAUUCGGCUGUCCGCUUCACGACAUACACGACUCUGAAGCAAUUGGUUUCGCCCAACAAGGCGCUGAACGAAUAUUAUGCUUUCGGCCUUGGUGUGGUAUCCUCAUGUGCGGUGGUGGCGCUAACGCAGCCCAUUGAUGUGAUAAAGACUAGGAUGCAGAGUAAGCACAGGUGGACAACAUAUAAGAACUCUCUAAAUUGUGCUUAUAGAAUAUUUGUGGAAGAGGGUUUUACUAAAUUUUGGAAAGGUUGGACACCGCGAUUAUUUAAAGUGGGACUCUCAGGUGGUGUCUCAUUUGGUAUUUAUCAGUACGUAGAGAACCUCGUCGCACUAAUGAGACAUGAGGGCUAUCUAAAGUAA